AUGUAAUUAUCCAAACGCGUGUUGCCUCGUUUGCGAGGCUGCCGAGCAAUAGACGUGAAUGGACAAUACACCUCUCCCAGUCUUCACAAUCCAGCCUUUCUACUCCCUCUUCCUCACCCAUUCAUCCUGAGUCCUGAUCCUCAACUCAAAUAAAUCCACAGCCAUGGCGAAGAAAAGAAACAAGAAAGCCCACGCCGCCGCCAACGCAGCACCCCUACAGCAACCAGCUAUUGUAGAAGAGUGGAGUCAGUACAUGGGACAAGGCGAGCUCCAAGACUUCCAGCGACUGAUGACCGAUCUCGGGUUCGAGGAGCACUUUCCGAGCAAGACCAAAUGUCGCCAGGCACUCAAGACCGUUUGGGUGAACAUCCCAGACUUCCUGCACGCAGUUCGGAAUGGAUAUCCUGUUCAUCACUUCCCAAGCCAACAGGAGCUCUCAGCAUACACGCUCAAGACUCGCAAAUUCUACCCCAAGAACUACAUUUCGAAGAACAGUCCUCUACGCCAGCUUCUUGCACAUAUUCACGGUGGAAAGCGUGGAAGGAACAAUGACGCCUCUGGGCUAGUUGGGACGAUGGGAGCGUUGUCACUCGUGGGUUAGUAAUCAACGGGCUUGUUUUGUCUGGUCUUGUCUUCUUGACAGCUCUAUGAUUCGCGGAUU